AUGCGACUGAAGGAGGAGCUCAGGAACCUCGAGUUCGUGGCGUCCAUCGCAGACGCAGCGCUUUUCACGGGGAUUGUAGACGGGGAGCGGGUCUACCUCGUGGUGAGGGUGGACGACAUCCUCGUGGCGCCCCAUGGAGCGGAGCGGAUUGGAAAGGUGAAGGCGCACUUGGCGGAGAGGUUCGACGUGCGCAAACUGGGAGAGGCGACGUACUUCCUCGGGAUACAGCAGACGCGCGACAGGGAGGCGCGCACCCUGAAGCUGACGCAGAAGAAGCCGACGGGGGAGCUGGUCGGACGAGACGGACUGGCGAACGCGCGGGCGCGUAGCGCGAUGGGCGCGCUUGCGCGCUACACUGUGGCGGGGCCAACGGAGGCGCACCGACGGGCGGCGCUUGGCGUUGUGCCUUACCUGGCGGGGACGGCAGAGGACGGGGUGGCCUUCAAGAGGAGCGAGGAGACUCUCGUUGGUUACUGUGACGCGGAUUACGCGGGAGACGUGGACACGAAGCGGUCCACAACGGGGUACGUCUCCCAGAUGUACGGAGCUGGUCGAGCAGGCUGCAGCCAACAGUGGCGGUCUUGA